AUAGAGAAACUUGACGGAAAACAGAGGACACACGAUACGACGUCGCAUAACGGCGAACGAUGACUACGCUACCAUACGCCGAGGUCGAUUGCAGCCUUAGGGCAUUAGCCGGCCGUGCCGAAGGCUUCGGCCGAUUUGCCGUCGGUGGUCUCCACGGCGAUCUCUAUGUUGUCACUUCUCUUGCAGAUGAUGGACCUGGAUCUAUUCGCGAAGGAGGUAGGAGGAAAGAGCCAUUAUGGAUUGUUUUCGCAGUUUCUGGAACCAUAAAUCUCAAUUCAUACUUGAGCGUAUCGUCUUACAAGACGAUCGAUGGACGAGGACAGCGAAUCAAGAUCACGGGGAAAGGAAUUAGACUCAAGGAAUGCGAACAUAUUAUCAUUUGCAACUUGGAGUUUGAAGGUGGUAGAGGCCAUGAUGUUGAUGGCAUUCAGAUCAAACCAAAGUCUAGACACAUAUGGAUUGAUCGAUGUAGCCUGCGUGAUUACGAUGAUGGACUUAUCGAUAUUACCAGACAAAGCACGGAUAUCACUGUUUCUAGAUGUUACUUUGCACAACAUGACAAGACGAUGCUGAUUGGAGCAGAUCCUUCUCAUGUCGAUGAUAGAUGCAUCCGAGUUACCAUUCACCAUUGUUUCUUUGAUGGAACUAGGCAAAGGCAACCUCGUCUUAGGUUUGGAAAAGUUCAUUUGUACAACAAUUACACAAGAAACUGGGGAAUAUAUGCUGUCUGUGCUAGCGUAGAAGCGCAGGUAUUCUCUCAAUGCAAUAUAUAUGAAGCAGGAGUAAAGAAAAAAACGUUUGAAUACUAUCCAGAGAAGGCUGCUGACAAGGAAGAAGUGAGAGCUGGUUUAGUACGAUCUGAAAAUGACUUGUUCUUGAACGGAGCUCAGGCCACCUUGUUAACAGGGGCCGGUGAAGAAGAAUGUGUGUUCCAUCCAAGCGAACACUACCCGACAUGGACUGUGGAGCCACCAUCAGAAACUCUCAAGCAAAUCAUCAAAAUUUGUACCGGUUGGCAAUCUUUAUCCCGUCCUUCAGAUCAUGGAGUUCCUAAGUAGUAGCUACGAUCCGAUUUUUUUCUUGCAUAUCGUAUUUCCAUAUUCUGCUUAGUUGUUCAAGGAGUGAACAAUGCUUUUGUUCGUCAGCACUUUAUGUUUACAGUAUGUCUGUGUGAUUUUUAAUGCAUUUUUCUCUUUAUGAUAAGUAAUUGUCUUCUCUGAGAAGAUGAGAAACUCAAUGUAUUUUUUUUGAAGUAAUCUAAAGAAAAUCUCAAUGUUA